AUGGCGCAGAGACAGGACAACGAUGUAGGAGAAGCUGCUGACAAGCCACCUAACGACGCUCGCGCGCAGAGAGGCAUAGAUUUCCUGCGUGGGGUACAUGUGAACCCUCCGCCUUUCUGCACUGCUGGCCCGUCAUCGUGCAGCGGCGGAAAGCUGCCUCCUGCUCGUCCUACUGGUUCCAAUGCCAUCGCGACGGAUAGUGCCAUCGCGACGGAUAGUGGCCCCGCCACUGUCAGCGUGAAAGAGGUCGGGGAGUCUUCGUCUGCUGCCUCAAAGAAGAGGAGUCGCUUCGCGCAAGCCGUACUCCCAUUCGGCAUGCCCCCUGCGAAGCCGACUCUGCCUCCGGCUCCCGUGGACAUCACACAAGUCGCCAAAGAAGUUGACCGCACGAUCACCAUCAUGAUGCACCGGUACAUCCAGUACGGCGAGACAUUCGGAGGCGGGGUCAGCAAGCUGGUGUCCCGAUUCAUCAAAGAACACGGUGGGGACAAUCGGACGAUGGUGGUUGAAGGGACUGACGAGGAAGGGCGGCAGACAUCACAUCGUUUCGAGCUGAGCGAGACACCCAUCAAGAAGCACAAGUUUGGGGGCGCGCUUGGUGACUAUGUGAAGUUGUGCACGGGUUUCGCGAAGGAGAUCGUGGCCAGUAUGAAGUACCGCAUGUGGGACUUGCAGCAGAUGGGCGGCGCAAAGCUGUUUCAAGUGGAUUCUUGGCCAUCCAGGGAGGAUCAGCGCGAGUUGAAGAGCCUUGAGUGGCUGGCAGCAAGCGAUGAGCUGUUUGGCGGCAUGCUUCCAUGUGAGAUUAGAUUUAGUACAUGCGCUUGA